GGCGGGCGACCUUGUCGCCGCAGUCGGGCGGUGCGGCCUGCGCUGCCCACUCGAGUUGGCUGCGGGCCGCGCGGGAGCGUCCGGGCAGGCGGGAGAGCGCUGGGGGCAGCCGGGGGCCCGCGGGGUGUGCACCGAAGACCCGGGGGACGGGGAGCCGCGAGGGCCUGAGGACCGCGGGUAGCCAGCCUGACGCGCUCUCGGAAGCCUCGCUGGUGCCUCGGUUCUGGAUCGUGGGAACCUGCGAAAAGCGCUUUAGCUGAUAAAACCCAGGGUUGCUGAGAGACCUUGCUCUCCAACAUGUAGAGUGCGAGACACCUUGCCGUGUGAUACAUCAUUUUGCCGGAGAGGCUGAGGCGCGUCGUUUUCCAGCUGUAGCGCGCAGACGAGGCGUUUUCCGACGUAGCAUUGCACGUUUAAGCUUGUGCACCUUGAGUCCGCUUCUCAGCCAGUGUGGUGCAAACCCCAUGACACACAGCGCUGCUUUUCUUCGAGCCCACUGGAAGACGGCUUUAUUUCGUUUAUGUAUCUACAUAUGAUGGCCCGCACUAUGGAACCAGUGGCAAAGAAGAUCUUUAAAGGAGUUUUAGUAGCUGAACUCUUGGGCGUUUUUGGAGCAUAUUUUUUAUUUAAUAAGAUGAACGCAAGCCAAGAUUUCAGGCAAACGAUGAGCAAGAACUUUCCCUUCAUCUUGGAAGUUUAUUACAAAUCCAUUGAAAAGUCCGGAAUGUAUGGAGUCAGAGAGCAAGAUCAAGAAAAGUGGUUGAAUAGUAAAAAUUAGGAGUAA